GAAAUUGGUGGGGCCUCUGUUCAUUGUCCAUUCGCAUUCAUAGUUAUAUUUAUCUGCCAAUCAGACCACCAACCAACCGCCAUGCUCAUUUCUCCUCCCUCCACAGAAUCCAGUCAAGCUUCCUUUUCGUUCUCCAAUCUCUUCUGCGGAUCAAGGCGGAGCUAGACAUGGAAGGAGUGGACUUCUUAGCUGGAGAGAGGAGGAAGGCGGAGUUCGACGUGGACGAGAUGAAGAUCGUCUGGGCCGGCUCGCGCCACGCCUUCCAACUUUCCGAUCGCAUCUCCAAGCUCGUCGCCGGUGACCCCGCUUUUAGAAAAGAUGACAGGACUAUGAUGCCUAGGAAGGAACUGUUUAAAAAUACACUAAGGAAGGCAUCUUAUGCAUGGAAACGGAUCAAUGAACUGCGUCUCACUGAGGAAGAGGCUACUAAACUGAGGUUCUACGUAGAUGAGCCUGCUUUUAGUGAUCUUCAUUGGGGGAUGUUUAUUCCUGCUAUCAAAGGAUCUGGCACGCAGGAACAACAACAGAAGUGGUUGCCAUUGGCAUACAAAAUGCAAAUAAUUGGCUGCUAUGCACAAACUGAACUUGGUCAUGGCUCCAAUGUGCAAGGCCUUGAAACCACCGCUACAUUUGAUCCCCAAACAGAUGAAUUUAUUAUUCAUAGUCCGACCUUGACUUCAAGCAAGUGGUGGCCUGGUGGUUUGGGUAAAGUCGCAACCCAUGCUAUUGUUUAUGCUCGUCUUAUAACUGAGGGUAAAGAUCAUGGAGUUAACGGAUUUAUUGUUCAACUACGGAGCCUGGAGGACCAUAAACCACUUCCAGGUAUAACGGUUGGAGAUAUUGGGACAAAAUUUGGAAAUGGUGCAUAUAACACCAUGGAUAAUGGGGUGUUGAGACUUGAUCACGUGCGUAUUCCGAGAGAUCAGAUGUUAAUGCGGGUUUCACAAGUUACAAGAGAAGGAAAGUAUGUGCAAUCUGAUAUUCCCCGGCAGAUUCUCUAUGGAACCAUGGUAUUUGUACGGCAAAGCAUUGUAUCAGAUGCUUCCUCUGCUUUGUCUCGUGCAGUGUGCAUUGCUACUAGAUAUAGUGCCAUACGUAGACAAUUUGGUUCACAAAAUGGCGGAGAGGAAACACAGGUAAUCGACUAUAAAACUCAGCAGAAUAGGCUCUUCCGUUUGCUGGCUUCUGCAUAUGCAUUCAGAUUUGUUGGAGAGUGGCUUAAAUGGUUGUACACUGAUGUAACCCAAAAAUUGCAAGCUGGUGACUUCUCCACACUGCCUGAAGUGCAUGCAUGUACUGCCGGGUUGAAGUCUUUGACUACCACUGCUACAUCUGAUGGGAUUGAAGAAUGCCGUAAAUUGUGUGGAGGCCAUGGCUACUUGUGUAGCAGUGGGCUUCCAGAAUUAUUUGCUGUUUAUGUUCCUACUUGUACAUAUGAAGGAGACAACAUUGUGCUUCUCCUACAAGUUGCUCGAGUUCUAGUAAAGACUGUCUCCCAACUAGGAUCUGGUAAACCACCCGUAGGGACUAUAGCUUAUAUGGGGAGGGUUGAGCAUUUAAUGACCUGUUGUUCUAAAGUUACACAAGCCAAGGACUGGUUGAACCCUACUGCAGUUUUGGAGGCUUUUGAAGCAAGGGCGGUGAGAAUGACAGUUUCUUGUGCAAAGAACCUGAGCGAGUUUGCCAAUCGAGAAGAAGGUUUUGCAGAACUGUCCGCUGAUUUAGUGGAAGCAGCAGUUGCUCACUGCCAACUAAUAGUUGUAUCCAAGUUUUUGGAGAAAUUGCAGCAAGACAUCCCGGGAAAAGGGGUGAGGGAGCAGCUGGAGGCACUUUGCGGCAUCUACUCUCUAUUUCUCCUACAUAAACACCAAGGAGACUUCCUUUCCACCAACUACAUUACCCCACAGCAAGCCUCACUUGCUAAUGAUCAGCUAAGAUCUUUGUACACCCAGGUACGCCCUAAUGCUAUUGCACUGGUGGAUGCGUUCAACUACACCGACCACUUCCUUGGGUCGGUUCUCGGACGGUAUGAUGGAAAUGUGUACCCGAAGCUGUACGAGGAAGCGUGGAAAGACCCAUUAAACGACUCGGUUCUGCCCGACGGGUAUCACGAAUACAUUAGACCACUCCUAAACCAACAAUUGCUGUCUGCUAGAUUGUGACUCAAAACACGGCAAAGCUCAUUACUUGUUGCGUGAAAGGAAGCUAUACCUCCAUAUACUAUUAUCAUCGUAUCACGGAUUCACGGGCUUGGAAUAAACUUAGGGCUUGUUUGUUGAGGGCAUUAUUUGGAUGAAUUGUAGUGAUUCUUCUGAUAUACACUCUGUGUUUAGUGGCAUCCAUUUCAGCCAAAUUUAACUUAUACAUUGGUAAGUCAAAAUUGGCUACCAAACAAUGCCCUAUUCUUUGUACUAAAAAAAGCAUAUUUAGGGUCCGUUUGGUAUACGGAAUUGAUGGAAUUGGAAUUGAAUUGGAAUUGAAAUUCCAUGAGAUUCAAUUCCAUAUAAUUGAAUUCUGCCAAUUCCAAUUCAUUUUUUGCACUAUCAAUUCCAAAUCCACAUAAUUUUUGUGCUACCAAACACGAGAAUUGGAAUUGAAGCCCUCAAUUCCAAUUCCAUAGUUUGAAUUCCGUGUACCAAACGGGGCCUUAACAAACUUCUUUAUUUGCAUUUGUUAUUUUAUUUUAUACUCCGUAAUUGUUAAAUCAAUUAAGAUUAUUAAC